AGGUGACGUGACGUCGAGUGUUGUUUGCCAUGAUGGCGUCUUCCACGGAUCAGAAUCUGCUGGACCUCACGGAUAAAGACACCAGGGAGAAACUCUCUCUCUGGGACCGGCGAGCGGACCCCAUGGCGCCGUUAACGGAUAGACAGACGGACUCGAUCCUGGAGCUCCGCGCAGCCGCAGAAGAGACCCUGCUGCCCGCUGAGCUGCCGAUCGAGGAUAUCUGCAGUCUGUCAUCUCGCUCUCUGCGCUCUUCUUUCACUGCUGCUCUGCCCGAGUCCACCGAAGAAGUGCUGCUGCAGGGCUUUCAGAUGCUGGAGCUCCACAACCACAGGAUCGAGACGGCACAGCAGUUUUUUUCCUGGUUCUCAAAGCUGCAGGUUCAGAUGGAUCAGGAUGAAGCUUCCAAGUACAGGAAGACUCGAGAUGUUCUGAAUGGCUAUCAGGAGCAGUGCGAUGCCAUACUGAACGAUGUGAACACGGCUCUGGAUCAUCUGGACUCUCUGCAGAAGCAGUAUCUGUUUGUGUCCACAAAAACAGGAACACUUCAUGAGGCCUGCGAACAACUGCUGAAGGAGCAGUCAGAGUUGGUGGAUCUGGCCGAGAGCAUCCAAGAGAAACUGUCAUAUUUUAAUGAACUGGAAAACAUAAACACGAAACUGAACUCUCCUACAUUAUCCGUGAACAGUGAAGGAUUCGUCCCCAUGCUCUCCAAAUUAGACGAAUGCAUAGACUAUGUUUCAUCACAUCCCAAUUUUAAAGACUAUCCAGUCUAUCUGACCAAAUUCAAGCAGUGUCUGUCCAAAGCCAUGCAACUCAUCAAGAGCCACACCGUCAACACCCUGCAGAACCUGACGGGUCAGCUCAGCAAACGGGAUCCGCUGGGCGCUCCCAAUGCUGACAAUGCCUUCACACUGUACUACGUCAAAUUCAGAGCAGCUGCACCGAAAGUUCGAAGGCUAAUUGAGCAAGUUGAGCAGCGGUCUGAAAAAAUCCCUGAGUAUCAUCAGCUGCUGGAGGAGAUUCAUCAGUGUUAUCUGGACCAGAGGGAAGUUCUGCUCAGUCCCAGUAUAAACUCCACCAUCACUGACCUCACCAGCCAGAAUAACAAAGACCACUGCGCUCUGGUGCGCAGUGGCUGUGCAUUUAUGGUCCACGUUUGUCAAGAUGAGCAUCAGCUUUACAAUGAGUUCUUCUCCAAACCCACGUCCAAACUGGAUGAGCUCCUGGAGAAGCUUUGCCUGUCUCUGUAUGAUGUUUUGCGGCCGCUGAUCAUCCAUGUGGUUCAUCUGGAGACGCUUUCUGAGCUCUGCGGCAUCUUAAAGAACGAAAUGCUGGAAGAUCACGUCCAAAACAACGUGGUUCAGCUGGCUGCGUUUGAUGCAGUAGUGAAGCAGAUGCUGGAGGACGUUCAGGAGCGUUUGGUCUACAGGACACACAUCUACAUCCAGACCGACAUCAUUGGCUACAAACCGGCUCCAGGAGACCUGGCCUACCCUGACAAGCUGGAGAUGAUGGAGAAAAUCGCUCAGAGUCUGAAAGAGGAGCAGAUGAAGCUAAACUCCAGCAACUCCUUCUCUGAUGUUCAGUUGGAGGAGUCUGAGAACAAGAAGCUCAUCAGCUCUGACUCGCGGCUGCAGAGCUCUGUUUCUCCAGCAGAUCUGCAUGGCAUGUGGUAUCCGACUGUCAGACGGACGCUCGUGUGCCUCUCCAAACUCUACCGCUGCAUAGACAGGGCAGUGUUUCAGGGUCUCUCUCAGGAAGCUCUGUCUGCCUGCAUUCAGUCUCUGCUUCACGCUUCAGACAUCAUUCAGAAGAACAAGACUCAGAUCGACGGGCAGCUCUUCCUCAUCAAACAUCUGCUGAUCAUGAGGGAACAGAUCGCUCCGUUUCACGCAGACUUCGCCAUUAAAGAGAUUUCACUCGAUCUCAAGAAGACCAGAGACGCUGCUUUUAAAAUCCUCAAUCCUAAAGCUGUGCCGAAGUUCUUCCGUCUGAACAGCCAUAAUGCCAUCCUGGAGUUCCUGCUGGAGGGCACGCCGGAGAUUAAGGAGCACUACAUCGACUCUAAGAAGGACGUGGACCGACACCUGAAGCUCAGCUGCGAGAGCUUCAUCCAGCAGCAGACGAUCAUGUUUGUGGGAAACCUGGACCAGUUCCUCAGCAGGGUCAAGGUCAAGGCUCUCAUCAUUGAGUGUGUGCCAGAUGACCGUGGGCUGAGGCUGACGAUUGAGAGGAGCAGCAGAACGAGUAAAUCACAGUUCUGA